AUGCCGAUGGUCAAGUUCUCGACCACACAGUCAGAGAGGCUCUUCCCCCAAAACAGACUCACGUCCGAACGGAUCGUUGCUCUAUCUCUGUUGGAUGCGACCUCCGUCGAUUUCCAGCAUACGUGUGCCAUCUGGUUGUUUGAAGCCCCAGAGCAAAGAACCUCGAGCCAGUUCAAUCUAUCGGACCAUUUACGUCAGUCGCUACAAGUCACCCUUGGCGCAUAUCCACAAUGGUGUGGACGGCUGAAAAUUGUCAACACUCUGAGCAAUACGGCUGUAGCAGGAGAGGAGCAUCUGCCACCCCAUGCUCGACGGUUUGGUCGUGUCCACGUAGUGUACGGGUCCUCUCAAGAUCCCGGGGUUGAAUUCACAGUCGCAAGCAGCGAAACCACUUUGGAUGCGCUCUGUUCGGUCUCUCGAGCUGUAUCUCAAGUUGUGUGGAAUCGCAAGGAGGUCCCCCUCACGGCGUUUGUCUCUCAAACGCAGCUUCAAAAUCUCGUUAAGCCUGUCAGUGCUAAUGAUGUAGGCCUGUUCCCCCCUGUAAUGGCCGUCCAGCUGACAACACUGGCAUGCGGGGGAUUUGUACUGACGGUGAAUUGCGUGCAUCCUCUAGCCGAUGCACACUCCGUGAUACAUUUUGUCAAGGAUCUGGCGAGCGUCAGUCGAUCCAUUCUCCAGGGCGCAGACUUGCCAUCAUUGAGCCCGUCGUUCGAACCAGACAAAGUGGAUUCUUCCGCGGCCGGGGACAUCAACGCCCUAUCUGCUGAUCCAGCAAUCGUUCAGGAGGUUGAGCGGUUACCUCUGCACCGGUAUGAUUGGUGGACCCAAGCACCUGGAAGUUCACGGACUCCGCGCACCCCGGAGGUGUUCCAGAACGAGGACCUGAGUCCGGCAGGAAAGCCGAUCCCAUGGCACGAAUGGGACGUCAGUGCGCCGCCUUUAUUUUACGACGUGCACCUCACCUCAGAAUAG